AGCACGCUGGUCAGCUCCUUUCGCCAGAGCGCCGGCUCAGCCCCGCCCACUCAGAGACAGAGUCACGAGUCUGGGGUCAGUGCGCUGCGAAGGAGGCGGGGCGAGGUGUGGACUCCUCAGCGCUCAUGGGCGGAGCCGGGUGCGCGGGCCGCCCCUACUAUAUCUGCGCUUGCGCGGCGCUGCUACGGAGCCAGUCCUGACGGAGGAGACAAGAUGGCGCUGCGGGCGAUUCGCGGAAUCGUGAACGGAGCCGCACCCGAGCUACCCGUGUCUACUACUGGGCCCGUGGUGGGAACUCGAGAACAGGCGCUGGCAGUUAGCCGUAACUACCUCUCCCAGCCUCGCCUCACAUACAAGACAGUAUCAGGAGUCAAUGGUCCACUAGUGAUCUUAGAUCAUGUUAAGUUUCCCAGAUAUGCUGAGAUUGUCCAUUUGACAUUACCAGAUGGCACGAAGAGAAGUGGUCAGGUUCUAGAAGUUAGUGGUUCUAAAGCAGUGGUUCAGGUAUUUGAAGGUACUUCAGGUAUAGAUGCCAAGAAAACGUCCUGUGAGUUUACUGGAGAUAUUCUCCGAACACCAGUGUCUGAGGAUAUGCUUGGUCGGGUAUUCAAUGGAUCAGGAAAACCUAUUGACAGAGGCCCUGUUGUGCUGGCUGAAGACUUCCUUGACAUUAUGGGUCAACCAAUUAAUCCUCAGUGUAGAAUCUAUCCAGAGGAGAUGAUUCAGACUGGUAUUUCGGCCAUCGAUGGCAUGAACAGCAUUGCCCGGGGGCAGAAAAUUCCUAUCUUUUCUGCUGCUGGCUUACCGCACAAUGAGAUUGCUGCUCAAAUCUGUCGGCAAGCUGGUUUGGUAAAGAAAUCCAAAGAUGUAGUAGACUACAGUGAAGAAAAUUUUGCAAUUGUAUUUGCUGCUAUGGGUGUAAACAUGGAAACUGCCCGAUUCUUCAAAUCUGACUUUGAAGAAAAUGGCUCAAUGGACAAUGUCUGCCUGUUUUUGAACUUGGCUAAUGACCCAACCAUUGAGCGGAUUAUCACUCCUCGCCUGGCUCUAACCACAGCCGAGUUUCUGGCCUACCAAUGUGAGAAGCAUGUACUGGUUAUCCUAACAGACAUGAGUUCUUAUGCUGAAGCACUUCGAGAGGUUUCAGCAGCCAGAGAAGAAGUUCCUGGUCGACGAGGUUUCCCAGGUUACAUGUAUACAGAUUUAGCCACAAUAUAUGAACGUGCUGGCAGGGUGGAAGGUAGAAAUGGCUCUAUUACUCAGAUCCCAAUUCUCACCAUGCCUAAUGACGAUAUCACUCACCCCAUCCCUGACUUGACUGGAUACAUUACAGAGGGACAGAUCUAUGUGGACAGACAGCUGUACAACAGACAGAUUUAUCCGCCUAUUAAUGUGCUGCCCUCGUUAUCUCGAUUAAUGAAAUCUGCUAUAGGAGAAGGUAUGACCAGAAAGGAUCAUGCUGAUGUUUCUAACCAGCUGUAUGCCUGCUAUGCUAUUGGUAAGGAUGUACAGGCCAUGAAAGCUGUAGUUGGAGAAGAAGCCCUUACCUCAGAUGAUCUUCUUUACUUGGAAUUUCUGCAAAAGUUUGAAAGGAACUUCAUUGCUCAGGGUCCUUAUGAAAACCGUACUGUCUAUGAGACUUUGGACAUUGGCUGGCAACUGCUCCGAAUCUUCCCCAAAGAAAUGCUAAAGAGAAUCCCUCAGAGCACCCUGAGCGAGUUUUACCCUCGAGACUCAGCCAAGCAUUAG